GCACUAGGUCUGCAAUGCGACGUCACAAAUAAGAAAAGAAAUAGCUUAAAAAUGAAAUGCGCGGUGCACAAUUGCACAAACAAGUUCAAGUCAAAACAAAAACACUCCGAACAGUUGAGCUUCUUUAGCUUUCCGAAAAACCCAGAUAUUUUGAAAAAAUGGGUUGCGUUUUGCCGCAAAAGCAGCAGAGACAAACUGAAGGCAACGGCAAAGAGCGUCAUUUGCAAUGAGCACUUUAAAGAGGACGAUAUCCAAGGAGCAUUACAAUUUCAAAUGGGAUUGUGCUCAAAGCGAACACUGAGACCAGGCGCCGUGCCCUGCAUCAACAACAACGAUAUAAGUGCGCUCGAACGAGAGCGAUCCGAAAAGAAGAAGAACAAAAAGUUGGUCGCUGAACUGCUCGAAGAGGCGUCGGCGCGGGAGGCGGCUGAGGCAAGCGGAGCAAUUGUAAUCGCUCCGAACUUUAUCAGAAACACCGGCAUUAACUCUGUCCCUGAUUUUGUUAGUGCCACAGGCAAUGCAUUCGUUCCAUUUACACCCACGCCCAUUGAACACGAUCCACUCGCCGAAGAGCUGGACUGCAGCACUAAGAGCAGUGGCCAGGAUCAAAGGCUUGUUGAACAAAAGAGAUGUCGCACCUGCUUUGCACAAUUUGUAUUGGAUGAGAGCUCGAAAGAUCUGUGUGACUCGCAAAACGCUGUGAUGUUAUAUCACAUCGAAGUUAUUACUGGAAUUUGGAUUCAGUGCAAAGAUGAAGGUUCUGCCGUGAUGUGUUCAAGCUGCGUUGCCAAUCUGCGCACAGCAAUUGCAUUUCGGGAAGCGUGUAUACGAACGGAACUACAACUUGCCGCAGGAGUCGCUGAUGUAAUCCCAGCUGUUAUCAAUGAAAGCAUCUCAGAAGAUGGAGAUGGUUGGGACGAGCAGCCGGAUGGACAUCAAGAGCAAGAUAUGCUUGUAAAGGAUGAGUUUGUCUCAGUAUUUUCGGUAGAUGAUACAGGCAACCAGACAACUGUCAUUGAGCCUUUGAGCCAACAAAUGAUUCAGGCAGUGGUAGGGCAGAGUCCAUCGGCCGCAGAUCCAAAUAGUAUAGCCUUGGGUGCGCAAAUCUAUGAAGAUCUUUUAAAUGAAUACAAGGGCAAGGAUAAGACACCGCGUCCAAGGCAGAAAAGGGGAAUAGUUGCAAUGCAGAAGCCAGCAGCAAGGCAAAGGAAGCGAAAGCCUCGCGAGCCAAAACCCAUAAGACCAAAACGCACGAAAGAGGAAAGAAAUCGGAUACGCCGUGAACAGAUCAGAGCGAUGCCCCUUAAUUAUGUGUGCGAUCAGUGCGGCGCAUCCUUUCGCGUCAGAUGCAAUUUAACGAUACACAUGUUGCGCCACACGCGCACAAAGAACUACACAUGCCCCGAAUGCCCGAAGAAAUUCUAUGAUUCGUAUAUGCGAAACAUUCACUUGCGUGUGCGGCACAGAGGCGAGCUACCAUUUACCUGCAAUUUUUGUAAAAAAGCCUUUGGUUCGUCCAAUACUCGUUAUCUGCACGAAAAGAAUGUGCAUGGAGCAUCGCCGCGCAUUCAUCGGAACGAGAAUCGUUUGAACAAGAAACUCGAAUUGAAAGAGGGAGAUCAGCAAUCGCAGGAUGGCCAGAACCAAAAGACAACAGUUCGUCACUUUUGUACGUAUUGUGACAAGAGCUACGCGACAAAAUAUGCACUAAAUUGGCAUAUUAAUCAGCACAUCGGCGUGAAGCCAUUCAAGUGCAAGGUCUGCGAUAUGAGAUUCCCCGAUCCGCAGGCGAAAAAGAAGCACGAAGUGAAACACGACAGCAAACGUCCCUACGAGUGCGAUAUUUGUCUCAAGGGUUUCUAUGUGCGCUGCAAGCUGAAGGAGCAUGAACGAAUCCAUACGGGUGAACGUCCUUAUAGGUGUGACGUUUGCAACGCCUUGUUUCGAUACAAGUUCAAUUUGUAUUCGCAUCAAUUUAGUAAAAUGCAUAAGGAAAAUGUGCAAAAGGUGACAAAGAUGGAAAUUAUUGAGGACUCAAAUUAAACGGGAACGGUAGACUCUCA